CAUAAAUUUAUAAUAGUACCUAAUAUUAUAACUAUAUUAUAUGAUAUUAUAUGAGAGAUGGACAUUUAGCAUCCCUCAUUUCUGCUUCGCUUCGGUCGGCGGAUACAAAUUCUAUAAAGAGAAGAGAUAACUGAGAGCAGAGAGGCAUGGAGACGUUCGGAGGAGAGAAAAGAGGCGAAGGGAAACAAAAAGGACGGGAAACCAAAGGAGGUCCGAAGGGAAGAUCAUGUAAAGGAUAUCUUUACUACUACUCCUCCACCCUCAAAUCCAACAAUCGCAAACCUCGUUGCAUCGGCAUUCCUCGUUCUCUCCCUCAUGUACCUCGCUAUGUUGUUGAACAAUCAGAGAAUGAAACUUCUAAAGAGAGGCGGGCUCUUGUAGACUUUUAUUAUGCUUGCGCUGGUCACUCUGUGUAUGCAAUCAGAACUGAAGCUUCGGAUGAUAAGGCAGCGACAAUGACACAAAUGCCUGCUUGUGUUGGCCUUGAGCUUACGGUGGAUAGAAGGGCAUCUAGCACUGACUCUGCUUCUACUCCUGCUCCUACUCCUGCUUCUGUGCCUGCUAAUGCUCAUAACAGACAAGAUUGCAAAAAUUGUCCACCACAAAGUCACAAACCGGCUCAACCUGUUGGAAGUGACUUCCUGAGCAGGUUUACAAGGAAUGCAAACUUGGUUGCAUCAGGGGUAGCAAGGAACAUACGCGUGAGAAAGAGGGAAGGGGGUUGUUUCAGUCAUAGGGUUACAUUCCUGGACGACAGAGCAGAGUCUGCUUUGUUUAUAUAGUGGACUGGUGGCUUACCUGCAUAUCCGGUAGGGUUUAGUGAGCUUUCUUUUGCUACCAUCUGAUGUCUCUUCCCCUUUCCUAAGACUAGGGAUGGGAAACCGAAAAGCGAAAUGCUUUUAAACACAAGAUCGGUAUUGAAACAAAAUUGUAGAACUCAAUCUGUAUUUACAUUGAAGUAGCAAAAACGCUCUUCAGAAAAAGACGAUAAAAGUCAAUUACACUU